AUGAUGGCGCACGGCGCCUUCCCCACGGAGCGCAAUCUCCUCUCCUCCGCGCAGUUUCUGCAGCAGGAGCUGCCCGUGCGCCUCGCCCACCGCGUCACGGAGCUCGAAAACCUCCCCUACGGCCUCUCCACCAAGGCGCCCGUGCUCAAGGUGACCUGCUUCCCUCCUUCGCCUCUCUCUAUGCUCAAGGCGCUCAACGUGCGCGACUGGUACGUGGACUCGUUCAAGGACAUCCGCGGGUUCCCGGCCAUUGAGAGCCGCGAGGAGGAGCUGCGCUUCACGCACCUGCUCGCGCAGGUCAAGAUGCGCCACAACAACGUCAUCCCCACGAUGGCGAUGGGCAUCAACGAGUUGAAGCAGGACCUUGGGCGCAAGGGGCGUCUGGACGACCUAUUGGAGAUCCACCAGUUCCUCGAUCGGUUCUACAUGUCACGCAUCGGCAUCCGCAUGCUCAUAGGCCAGCAUGUCGCUCUGCACGACCCCAACCCGCCCCCCCACUUCAUUGGCCUCAUCUGCACCAAGGUAUCGCCAGUGGAUGUGGCGCGCAAUGCAGUGGAUGACGCGCGGUCGGCAUGCAUGCGCACGUAUGGCUCUGCGCCUGAGGUGGAGAUUUACGGGGACCCCGACUUCACAUUCGCCUACGUGCCAACGCAUCUGCACCAGAUGGUAUUCGAGCUCUGCAAGAACUCGCUGCGCGCCGUGCAGGAGCGAUUCGCUGAUGCUGACACCGACCCGCCGCCCAUCCGCGUGGUGGUGGCGGAUGGGAUCGAGGAUGUCACUAUAAAGAUAUCAGACGAGGGGGGUGGCAUCCCGCGCAGUGGGCUGCCGCGCAUCUGGACGUAUCUCUAUAGCACGGCCCGCUCGCCUGCUGCUGCUGGCGCUCUGCAGGACACUCCCUCCAUCAUGGCGGGCUACGGCUACGGUUUGCCAAUCAGUCGGCUGUAUGCGCGCUACUUUGGAGGCGACCUGCAGGUGGUGUCAAUGGAGGGCUAUGGCACAGAUGUCUACCUCCACCUCAACCGUCUCGCCAAUGUGCAAGAACCCCUGCCCUAA